CUGGCUUUGAGGGAUGGAUCGUUGAACGUUUCGGGACCGGUGGCUUAUGUCACGCAAACACCAUGGAUUCUAAAUCGAACGGUACAAAGUAACAUAUUGUUUGGGAUGCCAAUGAACACAAGCCGAUAUUUCAAAAUCGGAGAACGUGGAGUAACCAUUUCUGGGGGACAAAAAGCGCGAAUUUCCUUAGCGCGGGCACUUUUUUCGAAUUCUCGCAUCUAUGUUCUGGAUGAUAUAUUUGCUUCCCUGGAUCAACAAGUGGCCGAUCGUAUCUUUAAGCGAUCGACGCCAAAAACGCUGGAAGAUCGCCGUGGCUCGGAUGAUGAUUUCGUGAAAGUUGAUGCACCGGAAGCGCCAAAAACUAGCAAAAGCUCUACAUUGGAGGAUAUUGAAGCGUCCACUUCUAUACCAGAUGUCACGAAACCUAACCUCAGUGGUACAUUUUGA